AUGAGUGUAACAUGCCAUGAUGCAACCAGCGUUUCGGUUCGAAUAGCUGACGGGGAUGAGUAUUCGUUUGGGCGUAUUGAAGUUCAUUAUAAUAACACUUGGGGUACAAUCUGCCAAAAAGGCUUUACCAUAGAAUCCGCCGAUGUUAUCUGUAAACAGUUAGGAUUUAUGAACGCCGCAGUAAACUUUCUUAAUGGAAAUUACUAUGGCCUGGAGAGAGGAGAAUACUGCACAUCUACUACCUGUCUUACUAAUGGCGUCUGCACAGCUAACCAGGCAACCAAUGCAAUUCAAUGUAGCUGCCCUCCAAUUAUUGCCGGCAGAUACUGCCAAGACUUGAAUACAACUGCUUUAAGUUGUAAUUUCGAAAUGAGCAAUUGCAAGUGGCAAAAUCCAGCAAAUGGCACUAGCAACACGGUCCGUUGGACUAGAAAUAAAGGAAAAACACCAACUUCCAAUACUGGUCCAAAUAAUGAUCAUACUUUAGGCACUCCAGCAGAUAUGGGGAGGGAAUUGGCGAUCUAUCCCUAUUUGGCUAUUCAAAUAGAGUUUAUACACUUUCUGGCAACAGCGGGCAGCGAUGGUACCAUGUUAACAUUAACUUCUCGCCUGGGCUUCACAGGCUUCUUUUUAUCGGAACUCGUCUCUUUCAAUCUACAAGCGAUAUACGAUAUUUCGGUAAAAUUUGAUCGAUGCGCAAAUAUCGUACCGAAGGAGGGCGACAUUCGUCUUGCUGGUACACCUGCCACCGGCAAUACUUUCACUUUCUCAACAGGAUGCGUCGAAAUUUAUCAUAACAAUGUUUGGGGUACUGUCUGUGAUGACCAAUUUCAAAAUGCCGAUGCCAAAGUAGUUUGUCAACAAUUGGAUUCCAUCUGGGGAACUGUUUGCCAACGAGGAUUUACCAUUACUUCUGCUGAUGUGAUAUGUAAACAAUUAGGUUUUCCAAGUGGAGCAAUCUUUAUUAGAAAGAACGCAUUUUAUGGCUCCGGAAAUGGCAUGAUUGAUAUAGCACAAUGUCCUCAUUCCUAUUUGAGACAAACUUACUGUAUCCACAAUGAAGAUGUUAGUAUUGGCUGUAAUACAGCUGUUGAUGAGUGUAAAGCUGAAAUUCAUGGUUGCGAUGAGAACGCUGUAUGCAUUGAUACAAGCAGUUCGUAUAUUUGCCGAUGUAGAAAAGGAUAUAUUGGGGAUGGAUUUACAUGCCAAGAUCAAAAUGAAUGUGAUCUGGCCAUGCACAGCUGCGAUCAGAAUGCUAUGUGUCAUAAUUCCAUAGGUUCUUAUAGCUGUUACUGCAAUCCUGGGUAUAUAGGAGACGGAUUAACUUGCAAAGAGUUAAGACUUUACCCAUACGGACCAUCACAAAACGAUCAAUCAUUCGGUAGAGUAGAUGGCAGACCUUUCGUAAUCUACCCGAGAACACCAAUAUUUUUCAUGAAUAAAUUUCAGCGUAAACUAUAUAUUUCAAUUAAUGGAUUUGUAUCAUUUAGUAAUCCCUAUUACGGGUCGCCAAAUCGAUCAUUAUACAGAUCACGAAAUGCCCCUUUUAUUGCUCCAUUCUUCGCUGAUGCAGACGGUCCAUUUUUUCCAAAUUCUCAGGUUUACAUCAACCAGUACACUUCAUUAAAUCCUACUAGCUUAACAAGAGAAAUUUUAGCGAAUGCUAGUAUGGAUGUUGCUCGGUACCAAAAGUAUCUAUCUAGAAAUCCAAGUGAUACUAGCUACGGCUUGUUUAAUGAAACUGUUACUAAAUUUGAUACGAAAUACAGUCCCCCAAAAAGGGCUUGGUUCUGGGGUGAUCCCCAUGUAAGGACAUUUGAUGGAAAACUAUACACCUUCAAUGGACUGGGUGAAUAUGUUCUAUUGCAAACUAUAAAUAAAAAUUUUCAGUUACAAGGAUGUACAAUGAAAGCUAUUCGAAAUAGCUCACUAUCUGCGGCUGCUACCGUAUUCUCUGAAUUCGCUACUAUGGAAAUUGGUGCAGAUAUUGUUCAAUUUACACUUAAUUCGACUUUUAAUGGUAUCGAUAUCUUAGUCAAUAGAACAAUAUCAUUUAAAAUGCUACCUAUUGCUUUCAAUGCACCUGAUGAAAUUAAAGAUUUAAACUUUACGCCAAUCUUUGGUCAAAAUAUUCAAGCAUUAUUUGCUAAUAAUACGGAACUCUAUAACCAAGCCGUAGCACAAUGCGGUAAUAAUAGUGAAUGUUUAUUUGAUGCUGCAUUAACAUUAAAUCUUGAUGCUGCUGUCGUUAGUAAAGAUACAUCUCAGACAUAUCAAGAUACAAGUAAUCAAUUAGAAAAUUUCCCCCCUCAAAUUUCUGGAUUGACGACAUAUAAUGUCACUUAUGGAAAUAUGUUUACUACAACAUUGAACAUAACAGAUCUUAAUAAUGGCGACAUUGUUACAGUCGAGAUCAUUAAUCCUCCAAUAAAUUCUCGUUUCGAUAGACAAACUUACACAUUUACAUGGAAUAUAUCUACCUAUGCGACUACGCAGCCGAAAUGGUUACUGUUGAUAAUGUUGAUCAAGUUAAAUGUAGAUGCAAUCCUGCUUGGACUGGGGAGCUACAGUUGUCAGUCUUUACCUGGCUAUACUCUGAAUAGUGAUAAUAGAGGAUGUACUGAUGUUAAUGAGUGUAUUACUGGAUCAAAUAACUGCAGUAAUGUCGCUACAUGUACUAAUCAAAUUGGUUCUUAUAGCUGCGCUUGUAAUUCGGGCUAUGUAGGCGAUAGCAUAAACUGUUAUGACGUAGAUGAGUGUCAAAAUAUGUCUAAUAAUUGUAGCCAGAUUUGUAAUAACACCGUCGGAAGUUAUACAUGUUCAUAUAUUCAAGGUUACGAGUUAAGUAGUGAUAAACUUACUUGCGUGGAUAUAAAUGAAUGCCAACGAUUUAGACCAUGUUACCAAGUUUGUAUUAAUACAGAAGGAUCGUUUACAUGUGAAUGUGAACAAGGUUUUGAACUAAAUAAUAGCAAACUAACAUGUAAUGUCAGUGAAUCUUGUGGCAUUGGACAUAAUUGUUCACAAAUUUGCACCUAUAUAAACGGAUCUGAAAUAUGUUCAUGUAUGAAAGAUGGUUGGACAUGUGACGAUAUUAAUGAAUGUUUAGAAAAUAAUCCCUGUAGUCAAAAUGCAAACUGUACCAACGCACCUGGUUUAUAUUCUUGUCAAUGCAAAAUUGGUUAUACUGGCAAUGGUAAAAUUUGUAGCGAUAUCGAUGAAUGUUUAACAGGUUCAAAUAUGUGUUCUUCUAACGCUAGUUGUAUGAACAACAAUGGAUCAUACUCUUGUAUGUGCAAGCCAGGCUUUAUAGGGAAUGGAUAUACAUGUCAGGAUGUCAAUGAAUGUUCAACAAUGUUUAAUUGCAAUACUAAAGAGAUAAACAAUUGUACAUCUGGAUUACGCCGGUGCUCAGUUAAUGCGGCUUGUAGUAACAGCAUUGGAUCGUAUACAUGUGGUUGUAAUAGUGGCUAUUCAGGAGAUGGAUUUACUUGUCAGGAUAUCGAUGAAUGCAAUGCUACUAGUCUCAAUAUGUGCGUUAAUAAUUCUCAGUGUAUUAACACUAAUGGAUCAUAUCAAUGCAAGUGUAACGCUGGUUAUUUUGGAAAUGCACGAAUUAAUUGCAGUGACGUCGAUGAAUGCUCAAGUAACCAAUAUAAUUGUCAUAGUAAUGCUCUUUGUACUAAUAUUCCAGGAUCAUUUACGUGCCACUGUAAACCAGGUUAUUAUGGCAACGGUGUUACUUGCGCUGCUGUCGUUACCUGUGACGGAAAUAAUAACUGCACUAAUAGAGCAACCUGUAUGAUAUUUGAGAAUAAGUAUUAUUGCAGCUGCAAACUUGGAUACUAUUCUAACAAUACAUUACCGCAAAUUCAACUUCAAAGCGAUUCUCACCGUCAACAAGGCAAGGUCUUUUUUGGAAGUCUUAAAAUUGGUGGUACAUUCACAUCAGACUUGAACAAUUCAAAUUCUGCUAUAUUUCAAACACUUAAGCAGCAGAUUACUUCAGUAUUAACUUUAGCCCUUGAAUCUUCUUCGGUAACCAAAGAUGGUUUCGAACGAGUAGAGGUUACAGGAUUCAAAGCUGGUAGUAUCAUUGCUGAAUAUUAUCCGAUAUUUAAGCAAAAUUCUAAUAUUAAUCCAAACCAAAUUGCUAGUAUCAUAUCUACUGGCUCAGUUACUAUCCAAGGACAACCGAUACAAAAUGUCACAGUUACCGACUUCAAUGAAUGUGCAUGGUCAACAGACAACAUCUGUAAUAGUAAUCAAAACUGUAUUAAUUUACCGGGUACUUACAAUUGCCAAUGUAAAGUUGGUUUCACUGGAUCUAGCUGUGUCGAUAUCAAUGAAUGUCUGGCAGCAGAAUCAUGUGGAAUUAACGCUGUAUGUCGAAACACUUUAGGUUCAUAUACAUGUACAUGUUUGAUUGGCUAUCAAGGCAAUCCAUACUCCAAUCCCGGUUGUAGCAUUGAAUGCAAUGAUGAUUUCUGUCUAAAUGGAGGAAAAUGUAUUUACCAAAAUAAUACACGCACAUGUAAUUGUACUGACGCUUAUACUGGCAUUAGAUGUAGCAAUUUAAAAGCAACAGGGCUUUCGAUUGGGGUAGUGGCUGGAAUUUCGGUGGGAACAGUAAGUGCAGUAUUUUUAAUCGCUAUAGCUGGCCUUGUAUACUAUCUACGAAGUCCAUACUAUAAAAGACGAACUUCAGUAGCACAUGGUGUCGUUAAAGACCACACCGAACAUCAAUCAAUAGCGGAUUCUUCAAGCGAUAAAGUUGAAUUAAAGGAUCAUUCACCUAAGAUUGCAUUUAUUAAAUCUAUAGCACAGGGUCAAAACAGAAAUAAUCAAACAUCAAGCUCACCAACUGUUAGAGUGCAAAUAGAAGUUAAUGAGCAAACAAGCAUUGAGCCUCGUAAUACUAUUCCAGAAAGCCAGAAUAGCUUAAUAGCUGAAACCGAUGUCAGCAAUAGUGAAAGUAAAUUUGAAGAAAAACCAAGCCGACCAAUUUUAGCGUCAAUACAAAAUCCUACAAUUACCAAUACACCAUUACCAAAGUUGCCUGAUUUUAAAAAUAGUACUUAUUCUGAACGCUAG